GAAUGCUGUAACAGUAACUCCCCUUGCAUUGAAUUUUGGAACACCUCUGAUUUUUUCCAUGAGCAACACGGAGUAACACAAAAAAUGAAUUUUAAGGUGUUACAGUGGAAGGAUCAAAAUUAUGGUCUUUAUUCACAAGUUAAGCUGAAGUACAGUGAAAUUGUAAAGAGCUGAAAAGUGAUCUGUAUGUGCAGAUCUGUUCACAAGGGGUCAAUGUUUCCUGGUGGCCUCUGUUUACAGUUGGUCUCUGCCUACAGAUGGUCUCUGUUUAUACAUGAUCUCUGCUCACAGAUGAUUGUCCCUGCUCACAGCUACGGUAAUGAGUGACAUACCUGGCCCAAAUAUUCUUUUUCUGCAAUACACGAUCAAAACUAAACAGGAGAACGUGGCGAUGUUACAUAAAAAUAAAACGGUGGCAGCAACACACAUUCGUAGACCGAUUUCAGCAACCAGUGCAAGGCCUCGACGAUGUAUGUCUGAUGGUGAAAGAAUGUGCGAAGAUGGUUCCUGUAUCGCAAGGGUUGAACUAUGCCCGGAGGAGCAGCUGAUGAAUCAGAACACGAUUUUGAUCAUGAUCAUUGUGGGGCUUGCAGUGGUUGUGUUUCUAGCUAUACUCUACUGUUUCCAGAAACGACAGCAGCAGGCUAACAGACAGUUAGGUGCCGAUUCCGGUCUGUCAGAAGAAUGUGACAAUGAAUCACUGUACGCUCCUCCACCUGCAUACGAGGAAGUUGUAAAUAGCAACAUGUAUCCUGCAACACCAGAACAAAGAAGAUUACGGCAGUUGUCAUUGGAUGAGCCACGCAGUCCGAUGACUCCGCCUCCAAAUUAUGCUUCAGCAUUAAUCAUUCUUGCUCAAAGUGAGGAAUCUAUCUCAUCAAAACAACAUUCACAAUCUGAUCUUAUCAGGCGUAGUGUCUCGCUGGACCAGAUUCAGGAUGCAGCACCAGAAUCUUCGAGAGACAGUUCUGAUUCAUCGUGGAAACGGAAAUAUUCAAAAACUAGAAAUAUAUUCAGAUUUAGUCGACAGUUCAGUAAAACUAGUGGGAAUAAUAGUUUGCGAGCUAGUGAAUCACCAAAAACUCCACGGUCUCCACCCCCGUACCCACAAUCUCCACUUAUUUAUCCGCAGACUCCGCCACCCCCAUUAACGCCGCUUCCAAAUGAAAAUGAAUGUGCAGUUCAGGAACAAGGAACAGAUUCUGACAUUGUCACGUAGCGUAAACUAAUGAUGUUUUAUUUCACUACAAGUACUUUCACAAAAUAUAUAUCAAACUAUUUGUCUGUCACAAAACUGUAAAUCGGAUUCAUGCAGUUAUUUUUGCAGAAGUGUAUUCAAAACUUUUGUGUUUGUUGCAAUAUAAAGUUCAGUAAAAUUGUGCUUCAACACAUCUGUAUUGUGUAAACUGUGUCUGUGUUAUGUAACGAUGUAGUGGGGCUUUUUAUUCUGCCCCAUGAUCAUAUGGCAUUAGAUAUUUAUCCUGUGAUUAGAAAUACUCCAGCCCAGAAGUGGUAAUGGAAUAGCGCAAUUGUCAUUGAAAGUUAACAAUUCCAAUUCAAGGACUGAAAUGGAUUACCAUACUAGUGUUAAGUAUGUCACUAGAGGAUGAGAUUUAAGCAUUUAUUUAGUCAGUCUGUAUAUUCAGGUUAAAAUUCUGUCUUGUUUGUACAAUAAGUCAGUGUAAUUAUUCAGCUUUGCAUGUUAUAUAAUCAAACCUGUACUUAAGACCACCUGUGAACAAAGACCACUAGCCGUUAAAGACCAAUAGUUCCAUUUCCCAUUUAAACAUAAUGCAGAUUAAUCCAAAGAAAUUUAAAUAUUUUAAACACUGACACAAGCUUGAAAGUAUCCGUGAGGACCACCAACAAAUAAAGGUCUCUUCACAUCACUCACAGAAUGGUCUUUAUAUACAGGUUUGAUUGUAUACUGCAAACUGUGUAGUAAACACAAUAGGUCUAGAUCGAUUUAUAUAUAUAUACUAUUCUAAUUUAUCAGUAAUCUUUUUGAUAUUGAAACUUUAAGCAGUUUUUGCAUGAAUUUAUUUUUAGCUCACCUGUCACAAAGUGACAAGGUGAGCUUUUGUGAUCACGCGGUGUCCGUCGUCCGUCCGUGCGUCAGUGCGUGCGUCCCGAAAACUUUUGCUUGUGACCACUCUAGAGGUCACAUUUUUUGUCAGAUCUUUGUGAAAGAUGGUCAGAAUGUUCAUCUUGAUGAUAUCUAGGUCAAGUUCGAAACUGGGUCAGGUGCGGUCAAAAACUAGGUCAGUAGGUCUAAAAAUAGAAAAACCUUGUGACCUCUCUAGAGGCCAUAUAUUUCAUGAGAUCUUGAUGAAAAUUGGUCAGAAUGUUCACCUUGAUGAUAUCUAGGUCAGCUUCGAAAGUGGGUCACGUGCGGUCAAAAACUAGGCCAGUAGGUCUAAAAAUAGAAAAACCUUGUGACCUCUCUAGAGGCCAUAUCUUUCACAAGAUCUUCAUGAAAAGUGGUCAGAACGUUCACCUUGAUGAUAUCUAGAUCAAGUUCGAAACUGGGUCACGUGCCGUCAAAAACUAGGUCAGUAGGUCAAAUAAUAGAAAAACCUUGUGACCUCUAUAAAGGCCAUAUUUUUCAUGGAAUCUGUAUGAAAGUUGGUCUGAGUGUUCAUCUUGAUGAUAUCUAGGUCAAGUUCGAAACUGGGUCACGUGCAAUCAAAAACUAGGUCAGUAGGUCUAAAAAUAGAAAAACCUUGUGACCUCUCUAGAGGCCAUAUAUUUCAUGAGAUCUUCAUGAAAAUUGAUCAGAAUGUUCACCUUGAUGAUAUCUAGGACAAGUUCGAAAUUGGGUCACGUGCCUUCAAAAACUAGGUCAGUAGGUCAAAUAAUAGAAAAACCUUGUGACCUCUCUAGAGACCAUAUUUUUCAUGAGAUCUUCAUGAAAGUUGGUCUGAAUGUUCACCUAGAUGAUAUCUAGGUCAGGUUCGAAAGUGGGUCAUGUGCCAUCUAAAACUAGGUCAGUAGGUCAAAUAAUAGAAAAACCUUGUGACCUCUCUAAAGGCCAUAUUUUUCAUGGCAUCUGUAUGAAAUUUGGUCAGAAUGUUCAUCUUGAUGAUAUCUAGGUCAAGUUCGAAACAGGGUCAUGUGCGGUCAAAAACUAGGUCAGUAGGUCUAAAAAUAGAAAAACCUUGUGACCUCUCUAGAGGACAGACUUGUGAAUGGAUCUCCAUAAAAUUUGGUCAGAAUGUUCAUCUUGAUGAUGUCUAGAUCAGGUUCGAAAGUGGGUCACGUGCCUUCAAAAAGUAGGUCAGUAGGUCAAAUAAUGAAAAAAUGUUGUGACCUCUCUAGAGGCCAUAUUAUUCAUGGGAUCUGUAUGAAAGUUGGUCUGAAUGUUUAUCUUGAUGAUAUAUAGGUCAAGUUUGAAACUGGUUCAACUGCGAUCAAAAACUAGGUCAGUAGGUCUUGAAAUAGAAAAACCUUGUGACCUCUCUAGAGGCCAUACCCUUGAAUGGAUCUUCAUGAAAAUUGGUCAGAAUGUUCACCUUGAUGAUAUCUAGAUCAGUUUAGAAACUGGGUCACGUGCCUUAAAAAACUAGGUCAGUAGGUCAAAUAAUAAAAAAAAACUUGUGACCUCUCUAGAGGCCAUACUUUUCAUGGGAUCUGUAUGAAAGUUGGUCUGAAUGUUCAUCUUGAUGAAAUCUAGGUCAGGUUUGAAACUGGAUCAACUGCGGUCAAAAACUAGGUCAGUAGGUCUAAAAUUAGAAAAAUCUUUUGACCUUUCUAGAGGCCAUAUUUUUCAGUGUAUCUUCAUGAAAAUUGAACUGAAUGUUCACCUUGAUGAUAUCUAGGUCAGUUUUGAAACUGGGUCACGUGCGGUCAAAAACUAGGCCAGUAGGUCUAAAAAUAGAAAAACCUUGUGACCUCUCUAGAGGCCAUAUUUUUCAUGAGAUCUUCAUGAAAAUUAGUGAGAAUGUUCACCUUGAUGAUAUCUAGGUAAAUUUCAAAACAGGGUCACGUACCUUCGAAAACUAGGUCAAUAGGUCAAAUAAUAGAAAAACCUUGUGACCUCUCUAGAGACCAUAUUUUUCAAUGGAUCUUCAUGAAAAUUGGACAGAAUUUUUAUCUUGAUAAUAUCUAGGUCAAGUUCAAAACUGGGUCACAUGAGAUCAAAAACUAGGUCACUAUGUCAAAUAGUAGAAAAAACGAUGUCAUACUCAAAACUUGGUCAUGUGGGAAGAGGUGAGCGAUUCAGGACCAUCAUGGUCCUCUUGUUUAUUUUGUUUGUUUCUUAUGAUAUUAGAUCUGCAAACACAUCUACAUCUUUCACCCAACUGUCGAUUUCCGACUAUAACUGUGGACAAUUUCCAUAUGAUAACAUAUUCUUGUAUGUUUUAUCAGCAUCCUUCACCAUAACAGCAAAUUGUUUUUCAUAACAAGCAGAGAUCGUAGACAGAAUUACAUACAGACAGUGUGUAAUCUCGCAGAAAAGGCCAGUUGUGAUUGCAGGUCCACUACCUUAAUCCUGAUAUGAGCUGUGCCAUGAGAAAACCAACAUAGUGCAUUUACGACUAGCAUGGAUCUAAACCAGCCUGCACAUCAGAGCAGUCUGAUCAGAAUCCAUGCUGUUCACUUUCAAAGCCUAUUGCAAAUAGAAAAACCAUUAGUGAACAGCAUGGAUCCUGACUAGACUGCACAGGCUGGUCUGGAUCCAUGCUGGUCGCAAACGCAAUAUGUUUGUUUUCUCAUGGUGCGGCUCAAAUGUUCUUUCAGAGUGAAAUGUUAUGUAGUAGUAGGGUAUUUGAUCUCAGUGUACAUAUAUGGUGGACAAAACCUUUCCAUGUUUAGAUUAUAUAUAUAUAUAAAAGAUAUUACAGGACUUACAUUUGAAGGGAGUUUUGGUGGUCUAAGGUUUACAUCUUACAUCUUAGUACUUACUCAAAGAAAUUGUUUACAUUACAAGCCUAUUUAUUACAGUCUGUGAAAUAUAGCGUUUUUGUUUGAUAUUACUGUACGCCAGAACUUUUUGUGUCAUUAUUUUGGGAGGAUUUCCUGGACAGCAGCAGUAUUCAUAAUAUAAAGAUUUUGUACUUUAUAUCUUGAAAUGAUUUUGAAAAUAACAUUGAUUAAUUCAAGUUACAACUGUUUUAAAUUUGCAGUUAAAUCUUCUGAUAUUGGAAAAUCAUUUUGUGAGUAUAAGUUAAUCUCCUUGCACAAUAUCAGUGAAAAUGGAAUCAUAUAGAGUAGUGCCCAGUUUACUAUGCAAAUUAUAUGCCUUUCAAUGGAACAUCAGUAGGAAAAUAUUAUUACAGGACAAACAGAUAUAUUAGGACAAGAAAUUAUUUUAUUUGCCAACUUCUUUAACGUGCAAAAUCAUUUACUUUCUUUGGUGUUUUUAUCAAAAUAUCAAAAUGUAUGUUUUUUGGGGGGUUGUGGUGGGGGGGGGGAAUAAAAUGAAUGGGGUUUUCAUGCAUUUGGUAGAAUUUAAUUCUGAAGAUUUAUUGUCAGAACCACAAACUGCGGAAAUUAGUCCCAGAUAUAUAUAUUAUCCCUUUGCUGAACAUGAAUAUGCCUUUUCGACCAUUGUAGAUCUUGAUCAGCCUGCAAAUCCAUGCAAUCUGAUCAGGAUCUGCACUGUUCGCCAUUCAGUCUGUAUCUUUUUGGUAAGCACCUCUUUUAACAGUUACUGGUACAGUCCAAAUUGAAAGAUUGCAAGUUCAUUGUUGAAAUUUAGCAGGGCAAGGGUUAACGAUUUCAAAGUAUCUGAAUUACCUGCAACUAGAAAAGCUGUCAUGAAGUGAUCAAUUUUCAAUAUUUAGUAAAACUAUAUUUAAGGGAUUAAUGUGCAAUAUAUGAAUUUUAUUCAUCUGUGUACUAACAUUUAACUGUUUUUCUCAUAUUUUUGUUUUUGUUAUUCAUUGCUAUUUAGAGCUUUAACCCUAUGUUAAAUUGAAAUAGUUUACUGCAACAUGCUAUACUAUACAAGAUGCCUCGUGAUUUUUGUUUUUCUCAUACAUCCUUGAAACUGUGAAAUUGUUUAAUUUUGUGGACAUGAAAUUUUGUGAUUUUGGCUAAAAUCAGCCAUUUCAUGGGAAUAUUAAUGUUAUAGUUCCUAUCUUUGAUAUAAAAUGAAUAGGACUUUUAUUUGUUCAUUGGAUUUAAUUUUCUGGAUUGACAGAAACCAUAAAUUCCAGAAAAAAUUUGUCCUCGAAAAUAAUAAUGAUUUCAAUGUAAUCUAGCUCUGUUUUACAAUUUCAAUAACAGAUUGUCACAGAGAAUGUGAGCUGUGUUUGUGAACUUGGUUAAAACACUAAAAUUUGCAAAAAUUCUGAUUAAUCAAUAUCUGUAAUAAGAAUGUUUCUAGAAAUAUUGCGCCCAGGAGAGUUUUUACUAUGUAAUCUGAUGGAGUGUACAGUUAAUUAUAAUGAUGAUGUAAAAACCCACGUGAAUUCUGUAAUUGUAGUGUUACUGUGUCUCAUAUUCUCUUUGAAGUAACAAUUAGUUCAAAAUUAUAAAUUAAAAUGAUUGGACAGACACAGUUGCCAGUAACAACAUUUUAAUUAAAGCUUGCAGUAGUUUUACACGUUUGAUAGUCAAAGGACUUUACACAUAAUUUGGAAUUAUCUAAAGUAACUGGUACUUCCUUUUCAAUGAUAUGGUGGUAAAUAGGGGCCUCCACAGCCGCAUGGUUAAGUUCAUUGAUUUAGAAUCACUUGCCACUUACAUCUGUGGGUUCAAGCCCUGCUCAGGUAUUCAUGUCCAGUGCCUAAAGUAAUGCUCAUAUCGGACAACCGGGUUUCCCUCUACCAUUCAAAGCUGGAAAGUUGCCAUUUGACCUUAAUUAUGUUUGUAUGACUGAGCUCGAACAAACCAUAUUUAGUUGCCCUUAGCUACUUAGUUAAUAAAAAAUACAUCAUUUUCAAAUAUAUUUGGGCCAUUCCAUGACAAAACCUGUAUUAGUUACAAAAAAAAUCAAAAUUGAGAUAACAAAAUAUUCAUGAAGAACAUUCUUUUACCUUUUAAAUCUGAAACUGUUAAGAAAAUAUUUUCACUACUUUAACCUUAAGCCUGCUGGCGGCAAGCGAUUCUGCCAGUGCAGACCAUGUACUGUUUGAUAUUCAGUCAGUAAAUUCAGUGAACACCCCUUUGAAUAAUAAGUGGUAUUGCCCAAAUUGAAUGAUGGACCAGUCCAUUUCAGAAAUUCAGCAGGGUAAAGGUUAAAACUUACAAUGCUGUUAAGCCAAUCACCGAAUCAUGAAAGCCGUAUGACAUUGUUGAGCAUUGCAUGUAUUUUUCAUGUCAUUUAUGGGGCAAAUUAUGUGUAUCACUAACUAAACAUCAUGCAUUUGAAUAUUUCAGAAACAGUUUGAAAUGAUUUUUUGAAAAAUAACUUAUCCAUGUAUUUUUGUGUCAUCACAGGAUGGCGCAUAUGAGCUUCAGUAAUUUAAACUAUUAUGCAAUAAUUAUAUCAUGUCACUAAUACAGGUUUUCUCAUGGAACGGCCAAUAUAUAUGUGAAGUACCUUACUGAUACUUUAUAAGGUUCUUGAAAAAGCAAUUUUUAACUCGCAACACUAUAAAGCAACAAGAAAACAUGCUGCAGUUGCCACCUUCAUCAACUAGGGAUUUAGUCAUACCCUGACAGUACAAUUAAGCAGCAAAGCAAGAUGCAUUUGACACUUAUUGAUUUGUCACUUUCAUCAUCUUCCUGGAAUACAUAGAAAGUCCCCCGUGCCAGUAUGGAUAGAGCAGAUUAGAUUGCCUUCUGACUUUUCUAAUCAAUUCAGUAUUGCAAAUGUUCAUGAUAAUCAAUCUGAAUAGUUCAAUAGAAGUAUAAUUAAUUACCCACUAGAGUCAAAGGACAAACUGGUUUUUCUAGUAGACUUUGUUCUAUUUUCUCAAAGGUGAUAAUGGUAAUUGCUUUUUAAUGAGACAUAAGUAAAUGUCCCUAAAACAUAUUAUAUUUUGAGCUCAUUAUAGACAUUGAAAGUUAUUUCUCAAAAUUUGUAACAUGAUGAGGCAUAUAGUAACAAGUCUAGUGAUGUUGUUGCACCAUAAAAAACAGCUCAUCUGUUUACCAAGUUAUUUAAUGUAUAAGUAUAAGUUAUUUUCCUGUUAGUUACACCCUUUAUUACACCAUUUUGGCUCUCGUCUUUAACAGGCUAUUUCGGUGGUGCAGAAUUAGGUAACUGUGUCUGUAUUUGGCAUGUUAAUUACAGUUGAUUGUAGCAUAUUGAUUGACAGGAUGCCAUUCAUUCUGGUAGUACUGGUUAAUUCCAUGGACAAGACUUCCGCUCUUCAGAUAUUUUCAGACUUUCCAUUUUCAGUACAUUGACUUAACAAUUUGUACCUUAAGUCAAUCUUUCUUGUCAUAAGCAAAGAUUAAAAUUAUGUCUUGGUAUGAACACUAGUCAGCUUUACGACAAUUAAAAAAUGGUAAUAAUUUACUUACUCCUGAACAGUGAAAACCAUUUAUAGUGGUCUUUAUUGGGAGGUGGUCUUUAUUCACAGGUUAAAAUACAUUGUAAAUGUUAAAAUGGGAAACAAAACAUGUGGUCUUUAGAGCCAGAUGGUCUCUGUACAGAGGUGGUCUUUAACACAGGUUUGACUGUAUUUGAUUAACAAAAAUAGACAAUGUCUGAGUCUGUGGACAAAGAACAGUUGACAAAAUGAUGGUAAAAUCCAGCUAGCUCCAGCUUUGAAAUAUGGAUAGUGGCCAUUUCAUCUUAAUUAUGUUUGUGUGACUUAAAAGCCAACCAAAAACAUAACAUAUUUUUAACAUGCCAAUUUGCCUGAAUUUAGAUCAUUAAGGAGAGAAAAAGCCUACCAGUCUGGUGGUCUGGUGCUCACCUCUUGGCAAAAUGGUUUCCAUGACAAUUUUGUCAGAAGACACAAAUAAUGGAUCUAGGAACACAGAGUAGGUUAACUGAAAAGUUAACUUUAAAACUACACAUACAUGAAACAUUAGGUAAAGACACCAAUCAAUUCUCUUUCUUACUGUUGCUCUAAAAUAGGCAAAUAGUUCAAUAGUUCUUUUUUUUUUUGCUGUUCAGUGUGACAAUGCUUUCCUCCUAUAUUAGAUAUUGUAAAAUUUCAACAAUGUUAUAACAGUCUGAGUUAUUUACAUAGCAAAGCUUAUCAGCAUUUCUUAACAGAAUUAGAUAUUUGAAGUUAUGUAAUUACUAGAAUUAAGAAGCUGUGAAAAUCAACACUUGAAAAAUGCAGCUGUAAUGUUGUAAAAGUUAAGUGGUGUUUAAGAGCUGUAGUGCUUGUAUUUAUAUUGAAUAAAGCAACUUUAUUCUCAAAUCUUCUAAACCUGCAUUUAGAGAGGUUAUUUGAUGCUUCUAAAUGUAGGAACUCUUGGGAAUUGUUAACACAAGUGGCACGUAGUGACUUUAAUAUGAAAUUAUUUAAUUUUGCAUUGAAUUUUGUGAUUGUUGCCAGAAUAGGUAUUUUGGUUGAAAAAUUAAUCCAUGGAUUUCAACUUGAGAAGAGCAAAUGCAUGGGAAUUUCAUUUUUGUUCUUUGGAAUUUAAUAUGAUACAUUGAUGCAAUAACAUAAUCCAUGAAAAUUGGUCCCCUAUGAUGGCUAUGAAUAUUAAUGCUUUGACUGUAUUUUUUGUCAGCUUUUCUUGAAAAGUGCUAUUCCAUUGUUGUAACUGUUAUUUUCAAACACAGAUAAAAUACUUAAUAUUAUAUAUUGUCCAGGACCCAAGGUUAUGAAAUGGAGUUAGGAGACCAGUCUUAGAAUGAAGACUUGUCGUUGGUCAGUUUGAAAUUAUUGCUCAGUAGCAACCAGUCAGAUGCUGGAAAUUUGAGAGUGGUCUCCAAAUCAGUUUUAUUACCUUUGAAAUUGGUUUUCCUACUUAGUGUUAAGAUAAAGUGUAAUACUUAAAAGUGGUUAAAUAUUUAUGCAUUAUCUUUGAAGAAGUUCCUUUAACAAGUCUGUCAAGUUUUGCUGCAGGGUUGAUAAAAAAGUGCCUUACACUACACCUGUUCUGUAUAGACUUCCAGGCAGGAUUAAUUAACAAACAACUGAUGGAAGUAAUUAAAGCGUAAUAACUGAAAAGAAAACAACAUAUACCCCAUGUUAAACACUUAUGAAAAGAAAAUCAUCUCUCCCUUCUUGGUCUCCAACAUAGGAUUUAAGAGAAAACAGUUUUUAGAAAAUACAUCAAGCGUGAACAUGUGAAAAGUAAGCAUUCUUUACUAAUAAGAAGGCUUUUGUUCUUUCUUCUUUCACCUGAAUUACCCUCGUUAAAUCUACAGUAUGUUGUGCAUAUGUCAACUUGGUGAAGUUAAUGUAGGGUAGCUGUGAUGACAUUCGUCAGUUAUUUUGCAUUUAUAGAGAAUUCAUAUUCAAACAUAAAUUGCGGUUUAUCUACAGGUUCAUUGCCUUAUGACAGUUUCUUGGCUAGUGAUGUUUGUAUAAACCAUUGUAUCACAGUACUCUCAUUAAGAAAUGAAUAUCCAACCAGUGAUUUGUCAUUGAAUAAAAUCAUUGUUCGGAGUUUAGAUGCGAAGAAUUUAUAUCACGUAGGCGCAGUCCAUGUCAUAUAAUAAUACGCAUCUAAAUGACAAAUAAUGAUUUUAUUUCAGCGCAAAUCACUGUUUGAGAUAUAUUAUUCUGAUUCUAACACGUUAUCAAGGAUUAUUAUGUAUGUCCUUGCCAAUAUCUAUCAAAUAUUUGCCCAAUUUCUGUUGAUCUCUUUUUCCAGCGCGCCGUAAUGCUGUCUAGUGCCAUGACGUAAUAAUUGUAACGUCAGAAAAAUGAAUUCUUGCAAAAAAACACACAAUUUUCAGCCUUCUAUAUUUGAUAGGAAAACAAAUAGGUCAUGUUGGAGUGGUGAAUAACAACAUAAUGUUUAUUCAAUUAUUUAUGUGAUUGUAUGCAUUGCUAUCGCUUUCUUUUAUAUAUGUAUACAGUAGAUCUCUUGAUCACUGAAUUAAUCCUAAUUGUAUACUAAUGAAUUUAUUAUGCAGCAAUGAAAGUAAAUUGUUUUAUUAAGUUCAAAGGUAAAUUAACUUCUGGGAAUUAAAACAAAGUCUCAGUGAACAAAAUCACCACCACCCCCUUGAUUUUUCUGAUUCUGAGGCUGAUAGAUCUACCAAAACAAUUUCUAAUUCAUGAGUACACAGUUAAAAAGUGUAUGAUUUUCAAGUUCAGUAUCUGUUAUAUUUCAAUGAAAGCAUAAGUAUGCAUAGUUGUUGUUUUAAUUAAAAAUCAAAGUUAAAUCGGAUAUUUUGUUUGCCGUCAGCAAAUUGUGAGUGGAGAUUUUGCCGCUAGGGAUUUUGUCCAACAUUCUAGUUUUGAUUUUUAAAGAGCACGAAGCCUCAUAUUGUAUAAACUAAAUGGUUCAGCCUCUCUCAAUAUAUAUCGGAGGAUAUAGUUUGAUAAUUAUUUUGUUUUUGAAACUGUUUUGUGUUUCUGUUGUUUUUGUUUUCUAUUUUGAUAUUGUACAGAUUUUUGUAAAAAAAAAGUCUUUGAGAAAUGUUUAUUGCAUAUUGUUAAUGCAAAAUGUUGUACAUGUUUUGAUAAUGAACUUGGUGCUUAUAUAUACUGUUGUAAAUAUUGUAUCUUUAAGGGUUUGUGUAGUUCAUGUAUCAAAAAUUCCUUUUGAUUUUUAUAAAAUAUCAGCAAAGAUACAUUUAAAACAGCUGGUCAUUAACGUUGUUGAAAUUUAUGAAAUAUGUAUUAUGUAAGACUUAUAUUUUGUAAUACCAAACAGAAACGUUCGUUUUCGUGUAAAUUCUGUUAAAAAACUGAGAUAAGAUAUUAGACAUUACCUGCAUUUCCACACUUGAAUAUUUAGGUUCAAAAAAUAAGAUUUCAUGACCUGACCAUUUAAAGGGGCAUACUGCCAUAUUGUAAAUAGUGAGAUAGUACAGUCAAACCUGUCUUAAGCAGCCAGUCAAGGGAACCACUCAAUUGGCAGUUUAAGACAAGUUGAAAUUAGAAUGAAAAAGUCAUUUUUUAAUGACAACUGACUGGUGCCUUAAUAGAAGUGGCUGCGUAAUACAGAUGGCAGUGUAUGCAGGUUCAACAGUACUUUCAGUUGUAAAUGUAAAAGAAAAUUAAAAUCAGUGUUCUCUCAAGUUCUAGGUAAUCUGUAUUCAUAAGAACACUUAAACCAUUUGUAGAAUGUGCUAUAAAAUGUCAGUUACACAGUAGUGUCAGUCACAUAGUAAAAAAUGUGAUGUUUAAUAAAAUCAGACACUAUACUUAUUACUUUAUGACUUUCCAAUAUUGUACAAAUUUGCAUAUCUGUCUUUAGAUUUUAGUUAUUGUAAUGUAUAUCUGGACACUGGAGGCAUGUCCCUUUAAAGAGUUGUGAUUACAAGAGUGAAUAAAUUAUAUAUCAGUAGUAAACAGUCUUUCCAAACUA